CUGGCAAAACAAAUAGAUUGCCAUAUAAGCAAAUGAAAAAGUAAAUAAAAAACCGCAUCAAACAAACUGGUGAUAAUGACAUACUUGUCUCCAUAACGUUCGUGAUAAGAAAAAAAAAUGGGAAGUGAAUUUUUAAACUGAAAUUGCUAUAUUUACGCCAGAUUAGAUUUGUUAAGGAAAGCUAAGAGCGAAAUGGAAACACUUUCGCCCCGAAUGCCAUAGGAUGCUGCGGAUCGAUAUCCACAACGUUACGGAACCGGGACUACAAAAUAGAAGAACAUCGGAGGAGGCGAGCUGGACGGACAACUUGAGCCACGCACGCGCACUCCGCCUGAGAGUUCACACGAGUUACGAAACCGCGGUGGGCCUCCACGUGUUGUCAGCCCGCUCCCUCCCACCGCCCGCCCGCCCCGCGCUCGCCCUCCCCGCGCCCGCCCGCACCAACCUUCAACAAAGCCGCGCUGAGUACCGUCGCACACAGACGCGCGGCGUGUGUACACGCGUGCGGGUGUGUGUGUGCGUGCGGUAGAGGAGAGCGGAGGACGAGCGUGCUCUGUGUACGGGCUCGCGAAUUCCGCAUUCGACCGUGGA